AGGAAGCAAAGCUGCAGGGUACAAGGAGAACUACAUGUUACCGUGGCUCGAGAGAAAAUGUGAGCCGCAGGCUGGCGACAUGUCGAUAUCAACACACUUUUCUUAGCAAGGAUGUCCAUUCGCAACUGAUGGUGUUCGCUAUUCUCAAUCUUGUUCUCACUGCCUCCACUCCACCGUCCACGGUAUUUGCAUAGUGUAUAGGGAACAAGCAGAGCUGCGCAGAAAUUUCGAAGUCUGAGGUGCAGCACUGCUCAAGAUGCCAAAGUCUGAACUUCGUCAACCGCUGUGUUCUACACCGUUGGACAGCUACUCGUCUCCAACAUCUGAAGAGCAAGUGGAAGUUGAGGCAUCUAUAUGCAGUUUGUUGCCGCCUCAUCGCCUUUCGUCAUCAUCGCAGCCCAAACUCAACAGAAAAGCGCAUCUGGCUUUCCUCCGCAAGAAUCUUAAUACAUUACCUGGGACCUACGUCGCUUUCGAUUCGAACAGAAGCUGGCUACUUUAUUGGGUCCUCCAUGGGCAUGACCUGCUCGGGUCACCAUGGGGUGCUGCCGGCACUCAAGAUCCACGCGCAGACCCAUCCCUUCGAGAUCACCCUGGAAAUGUUUUCAGCCAGGACAAUGCAGACGAAUCAGACCGGCGACGAGCAGUCGAGACUUUACUCUCCUUCCAGAACGCCGAGACCGGCGGGUUUGGAGGCGGAGUCGGGCAAGUGGCGCAUUUGAUGGCGUCAUAUGCCGCUGUGUGUGCAUUAUCCAUUGCGGGAAAACCAGGACUCACUUCCAAGACGGCCAGUGCCCAAGCAGGCAAGGAAAUGACAUCCGAGCCUGGGGCAGGCUGGGAUGAAAUCAACAGACUCAAGAUGUAUACAUGGCUGCUCUCUUUGAAGCAACCAGAUGGAUCCUUUGUCGUACAUCACGGCGGCGAAGUCGAUGUUCGGGCAUCCUACUGCGUCCUCUGCAUCUCCCUUCUGUUGGGCAUUUGCACUCCAGAGCUCAUCGAAGGCAUGGACGAAUUCAUCGCGUCGUGCCAGACAUACGAAGGAGGGCUGGCUGCAGGUGCAUGGCUCGACGGUGCAAAAGAAGCUGCUUCGCUGCGCCAAGCGGAUGGACAAUGGCUGGUGCCUGCGAUGGGUGAAGCGCACGGCGGAUACGCGCACUGCGCGCUCGCAUCCCAUCUCAUGCUUCGGCGUCUGAGAGCGGGUCUGCCACGCCCAUCUCGUGUCACACGUUCACGGCGGCAACUCGAUCUCGACGCUUGCCUGCGCUGGGCCGUAUCGCAGCAGGGUCUAGCGAUCGAAGGCGGUGCCUUCCGAGGGAGGACAAACAAGCUUGUUGACGGCUGCUACGGCUGGUUCGGCGGGGGAGGCAUGUUUGGUGUGCUGGAGGCAGCCUUGAUCGUUGAGGGGAAGCGGUAUCCGCCCGCACCUGUGUCGACACCCCUUGCUGCUGGCGCCCCUACAGGGAAUACGGCAAAUUCGGCACCAAAGGCGAAGGCAGCAAGCGAAGAUGCUAGCAGUGAAGGUGUUCCAAGCUCGUGCGACCAUGAUUCUUCCGAUGCCUGGAGCACCGAGGACGAAGCCGCACCCUCGCCUCCAUCUACACCUCCCGAUGCGUAUCUCUACGAUCGUGUUUCCUUGCAAGAGUAUAUCCUCUUCGUCGCUCAAGUCGAGACUGGCGGCUUGAGAGACAAGCCCGGCAAAAGGCCCGAUGCGUACCACACGUGCUACAACCUCUCCGGCCUCUCCCUUGCUCAACAUCGACUGCUGCCAUGUGAACAAAGUUUUGCAGCAUUCCAAAAGGUGUGGAAACGCGCCUCGCCCGAAGAAGCGCCGGGCUCCACUUCAAGCGCCGGUGCAAAGGCUGAAGCAGACGCAGACGCCUGGCGAUCGCACUGUUAUGCAGCGACGCUUGCGUGGCGUGAAGAUUUUGCGCAACGUUAUGCCGUCGGUGGAGAGCAGAAUUUUCUCACACCCACACACCCGGUGAUGAACAUCGCAUUCAUCCGUGCCAAAGGUAUCAUGGACUACUUCUACGGUCAAGGGUGAGAAUGGUCGCACUACAAGGGUUUGGUGAAGCGGACAAUGCAAAGGAGGGUGGGAGGACGUUUACAGUACAACAAUGUAGCGUAUCAUCGGAACUGCCUCGAGUCCUUCUAUCAUUCGAACCGAAGAAAAGAUGGUCUACCGGAACAUCCUCAAAUACGCAAGGAGUAGUGCAGCAC